AUGUCUAGCCCAGUGCAAGUCUUGUCUCAGCGCCACCACGACACCAGAUCUCAUACCAGAUGGCAUUCACCCAUGCACGCCUGCGCCCAACGUCUUGUCAUGUCAUGUCACGGCUGCCCUCCCUGCUCUUUGAUUCCCCCAACUUUACGUACUACUGCCACGGGCCCCACCACCGGCGCCCUCCUCCCCCUCCGUCUCCACCACUGCCGGUUCUCCAACGCCUCCGCACCGGACGGCACCACCACUUACACCUUAAACUCUUACACCAUCCGCCCCCUCGCACCACACUCCACCCGAGCACUCCCCUCUCACUUCAUACCCAUUCAUUUCUCGCUGUCAACGGCGCCGCCUCACGCGUUCCGCCUGCUAAUAUAA